ACCAUGAACCAGACCCAACUCCCUUCCGCAGAGACCAAGCCCCAUGGGGUCAAGCCCCACAUCUGCUGCCCGCCCCCUCCUCGCGCCCCUACCUUGCUCGGCAGUACCCCCCUUGUGGUCAGAGCCGAGCCCCGACGUGGGGAUACACGGCCGAGCCGCCCCGCGGACAACAAGCCCUGCGCGGCGGAGAGGGGCCGAGACAGUUCCCGGGAGCUCAUCGACCCAUCCCCGUCGGAACCAGCCUCGGACAGCGGCUGGCUGAGCGCCGACGAGUCAUCCGGCUAUGAGAGCGAGAGCGCGGGCGUGGACAGCGCCGCCGCGGCGGCGGGCGGGACCCGCGGGCGGCAGCGACGGGCACGGACCGCUUUCACCUCGGAGCAGGUCUGCCGGCUGGAGAAGACCUUUCAGCGCCAGAAGUACUUGGGGGGCUCGGAGCGGAGGAAGCUGGCGGCUACCUUACAUCUCUCGGAGGUCCAGAUCAAGACCUGGUUUCAGAAUCGGAGGAUGAAACUGAAGAGGCAGAUACAGGACCACCAGCACAGCCUCGUGUCUCCUACUCCAUUCUACAGCUAUCCCCUGGGAACCCCACCAGCUCUGUUUCGAGAUGGUCUCCACUACCCCUUUGCUCCACAGCACCAGGGACUCGUGCCUUUUACCCCGAUGCCUGCAGUGCAGUUCAGCUUCUCCUUUCCCACAUACGAUGCAUCACAAAGCACCUACCGGUUUACAACAAAUGAGCUGCCGUACUACCAUCAACACUUUCUUCCUCAUCCCUCUUUCCAUACGGUUAUUCAUAAUAAAAUGGACAAGCAGUGCCACCCUAUAUAUGCAUUAUAG